CUAAGACCGUUUUUUUGUUCCACGGUGGAAUAAACACGUUUGCUCUCUGAAAUUGAGGAUGACUGAAAUACCACGUCAAGUCUAAGCCACAGAGACAAGCUAGGUAGCGUUAUUCCAACGCUUCAUAAGCUAACAUCAGCUAGCCGCUAGAAUAGCUAACGUUGAUGCUCUUGUUAUUAGCAUCCCAGUUCGUCAUAACACCGGACAAAGUAGAGCAAGGGCAGAUGAGUGGCACUGUUGAAUUGGAAAGACAUCCAGAAAAGCUUUGUCAGAGCUGGCUGAUUUAGACCAGCCCACCCAAUAUAAUACAGGCUCGGGGAAACGGAGAACAUGGAGGAAGAGGAGAGGGAUGAAUGCAGAAGUGAGGGUCUUUUUGAGGACCCAGACUUCACCUGUGAUGAUACAUCCCUGUUCUCUGAUUACUCCACUCCCAUUGCCAAGCUACAGAGAACCAUCACCUGGCAUCGCCCACAAGAGAUCUGCGUUUCACCAGCUCUAUUCCCGGACAAUGUCAAUGAGGGUCAUGCAAAGCAGGGCUCAUUAGGAGAUUGCUGGUUUCUUUGUGCCUGCACCAUCUUAAUCAAGAACAAACAUCUCAUGGACAAGGUAAUACCCCCAGACCAACCCAUGUGUGGUGAUGGCAGAUACAGAGGCUGCUUCCACUUUCGCCUUUGGCGGUUGGGACACUGGACAGAAGUCACCAUUGAUGACCGACUGCCCUGCAUCGGCUCUAUGCUCUGCUUCUCCCGGUGCCAGACCCCCAAUGUCUUCUGGAUAGCUUUGCUGGAGAAGGCCUAUGCCAAGUUUUAUGGUUCAUAUGAACGUCUUUGGGCAGGGCAGGUCUCUGAGGCCUUGGUAGACCUGACCGGGGGCUUGGCUGAGCGAUUGAACCUAGCGAAAGGAGGGUUGGAGGAGGAGCUGGGAACAGAACAAGACAGUGACCGGGUCAGGAGGAGAACGCUGAGCCUCAGCCUGCUGCACCCAGUGAGGAAUGGCUGUGCUGUCAGUUGCUGCACUCACAGCAGCCAUGGAGGUGCCGGUGAGGUGGAUCAGUACCAUGCAAUGAGUGUGAUGGAGUGGCUAGAUGUGACAACAGUGUCAGGGGGUCAGUUACAACUGCUCCGGAUCAGAAACCCCUGGGGAAGACGCUGCUGGGGAGGUGACUGGGUGGAAGGCGGAGCAGGUUGGAGCUCCAUUGAUCCCGCCUGUGCUCUAGAUCUGCAAGGUAGAACAAAGGAGGGCGAGUUCUGGUUGGACAAAACUGAGUUCCUGUCUCAGUUUGAUGAUGUCACAGUGGGGUAUCCCAUCAACAAGGAAGGACACCUACAGAGCAUCUAUACUGGAAAUCUGCUAGCAUACAGCCAUCAGCUGGUUGGUCGAUGGGUGAGAGGACACUCUGCGGGCGGUUGGCGUAACAACAAUAGCUAUUGCACCAAUCCCAAGUACUGGCUGAAAGUAGCUCAGAGAGGAGAAGUCCUUGUGUCUCUGCUGCAGCACAAGAAAUGCAGAAACAACGAGCAGUAUAUGCAAAGAACAGCUGAAGACGGCAACAACACAAAGCACCAGCGCUACCAAGCCAUUGCCCUCCACAUGUGGAAGGUGGAAAAGAAGCGUUUUAACUUGAGCCGUAUGUUGAACAAACCGCCUUGCGGUUCCACACACUGCCAUGCAUACGAGCGAGAGGUGGUGCUCCACAGUCACUUGGAGCCUGGCUACCACCUCCUCAUCCCCAGUGCCUUCCUACCGGGAGCUGAGGCCAGCUUUCUCAUUAGGGUCUUCUCUUCUUCACCCACAUCACUCAGUGCCCUGAAAACACCAGGGCCUUCUCUGCCGUUGGAGGCAGAUGGAGAAUGGGAGACCAGUUACUUCCAUGGUAUGUGGGUGAAGGGGACUAGCGCUGGAGGAAGCAGGAACUUUCGUUCUCACUUGCAAAACCCCUGUUUCCAGUUCACUGUGUGCGAUGACCCCGCAAGCAAACCAGCAACUAAUGUCAGGAUUACCCUGCACCAGAGCCGAGAUUAUACUGACCUCCAUGCAAUUGGCUUCCACAUCUACAAGGUCCCAGAGGGGUUUUCUGAGGUGACUCUACCCAGGGAUGACAAUCCAGUAGCCAGUUGUGUUCCCCACUGCUACACCCAAGAUGUCAGCUUGGCCUGCUGUCUUUUCCCUGGAGUUUAUGCCGUAGUGCCGUCCACAUAUCAGCCCGACUGUCCAGGCAACUUCACCCUCUCCGUGGAGCGUAGAAUACACAGGAGGGUGGUGGAAUGUCAGGAGAGGCUGGUGAGACCCAUCCAAGAGGUCUCUCACAUCUCUGUGAUGCAUCGCUAGUGGGGAGCGGUGUUGCUGCUCCACUGAUGUGGGUUCAGCUCUUGGCCCAGGAUGAAAGAUCCACUUCUCCUGCCCUCCGCCUCCACAGAGGCUGCUAUGCUAAGCACGACUGUGUGUGUGUGUGUGUGUGAGAGAGAGAGAGAGCGAGCGAGUGUUUGUGUUUCAGACAGAGUGCAUCAGUGUUAACAGGAAUAUGUUGGCAUUUGUGUCAGCACUCCUAAAAACUCCUCACUGCUGACCUGGCGAGGCUUGGCCCGAUGGGCAGCUACACACACAGAGCGGCGAUUAGAACAUCAGAAGUUGUCGGUGGGCUGGGCUGCUAAUGAGGGAUGACGGGGCCGGCUGGUGUAAACAAACAGCCGCCAUUGAAGAGGCCGGCUCCUGCUCUCGCUCGCUCACCCACCGGUGUGCCCGCAGGCCCAGGGACAAAGGGGCCUCUCAUGAAGCUCCUCACAGGGGUCUAGGGGGGCAAGGGGGAGGAGACGGUCUCCCAACAACAGAGCCAACCACGCUGUACCACACCACACCAUGCCAUACCAUGACAACCCCCCCCUCCAGACCCCAACCGCCCACCACCAAACAUUCAACACCACACCUGACCCAUACGGUUUAGACACAGACAGAGGCAUCAUCCUCCCUGGGCCAAGUAAAAGUGAUGACCCCAUCCUGUAUCCUCCUGGACAAAUCUGCUGUCGAGCCCACCAGUCUGCUGCACUGCUCCCUGACCAUCAACCAGUGUUUUACCUUUCUUGAUCCUUUAACCUCAUGGUCAAAUAGGAUCAGUGGCAGUCUACCUGGCAAUCAUGCAAAUGUUCUAGGAUUCCUUGUGAUCACUUGAAUUCAGCGGUACUGUACUCUUGACUGCAUCUGCCAGUGCGGUCUAUAUGUAUUUAUUUAAUGAUGUUUGCCUGCAACAGACAAAAUGAAU